AUGAGUAGUAACGGGCAGCUCAACCUAUCGACUCUCGUAUGCUUGCUAUUGCUAUUUUUGGGCUGUAACGGUAUUCGUGUGGGUGACACCAUCGGCCUAGGUUACAUCGGCAAUCAGGAUUCGCGCGCGCUGCCCGCUGGUGUCGACCCUGAUGUCUAUGCGAGGGUAUACCACCGCGAAGUGAUAACUGAUGAGAAUGGUGUAAGCUAUGACGUGACACCGUAUAUGACCCAGGUUCUUUGGAAUCGGUGGAAGAGCUAUUGGAAGGGU